GUAGGUUGGUACUUGUUAGCUGGCCGAGUGAGAAUCUGUCACUUUCAUAAAGUUAAAACUAAAGAAAAUUCGUAUUUUAUUACUUCGCUGUUUAUGAAGUAAAUAAUUAUGGCGAACGUGAACACAGGUGAACUUUUGGACUUUCAGGACUAUUCUCCUGAUCAUAAUAGUCGUAGUGCCCGCAUUGACGUGGAGGCAGUGCACACAAAUCAAUACAACAACACUAUGUCAAAUCCAAACUAUAGUUUUGAUGAGCCCAAAACGAUUGAAGAACCAGAGGCUGCCCCUCAAACAAACCACAACUUUUGGACUAUAGAAUACUAUCAAAAAUAUUUUGAUGUACACACUAAUGAGGUGGUUGAACGGAUUAUUUCCUCUGUUCUACCCCAAAAGGUGUCCCGCAACUACUUUGAUGAAAGGAUCAAGGGAAAACCAGAUUUGUAUGGACCUAUUUGGAUUUCUGUCACCCUGAUAUUCACAAUAGCAGUAAGUGGUAACAUAGCUAGUUACUUGCACAAUGCAAACAAAAAAGGAUUUGUUUGGCGCUAUGACUUCCACCUGGUGUCCAUUGCAGCUACAGCCAUCACCUGCUAUGUGUGGAUUGUACCUCUGGCACUCUGGGCUGCCUUGAAAUGGACCAGCACUACAGAUGGUCAUGAUGAGAUAGAAAAUCAGGAUGCAAAAUCACCGACAAUGAUGUCAUUAUUCUGCCUAUAUGGAUAUUCUCUCUCCAUAUACAUACCCGUAGCAGUAUUAUGGACCAUCCAAGUAUUCUGGCUGCAAUGGCUCUUCGUUCUGAUGGCUGCUUUUGUCUCCGGAGCCGUCCUGAUUUUCUGGCUAAUGCCUGCGUUAAGAAAAUCAAGAUAUUUCCUAGUUCUUAUUGGAUCUAUUCUUGCUUUUCAUUUCCUUUUAGCAGCUGGUUUUAUGUUGUACUUCUUUCAUCAGCCUAACACAGCUGAUGACACAAUUGUAACAACAGUUAAACCUUAAUUGAAUUGUUUGUAGUUUAUUUUUAACACUGGAGUCAUUAUUUAUAUGCUCUAUUUAUUAUAAUAUAACUUACAUUUGACUUUUUCAUUUCAUUAUGCUAAGUACAAUUUUGUAGUGCUAAAUACAAAAUGUAUUAUAGAGCAUACAGAUUUUGACUCAAGAAAUCAUUUAUUUAUACUAUAGGUAGGCAUAGAAAUUUGUGAUGGGGAUGACAAUGGUGCAUCCUGCUUACGGUAUGCCAUCUUAAGUAUUGAAACAGUGAUAUAUUUGUACUUUCCCGUUAUUUUAAUUUAUAUAAGAUAUUAUAACUAACUCAAGUAAGCAAUGAGUUUCAAUGUAUUUUUGACACACACAGGUGUGAAAAUUACUCUAUAUAUAAUGUUGCCUAUCAAUUUCGAGCCAUAGUUAAUGCCUCGAAAGUGUGUAAAAAUUUAU